AUGUCGACCGACAAGAUCACAUUCUUGAUGAACUGGCACGCAACGCCAUACCAUGCGCCCGUCUAUCUUGCCCAAAAGCUUGGGUACUUCGCCGAUGAAGUUUUGGUCGGGGAAAAGCUGACGGAAUCAACAGAUGUUACCGAGAUCAUUGGCUCUGGAAAGGUUGAUAUGGGAUUCAAAGCUAUGAUUCAUACUCUUGCUGCCAAAGCUCGGAACUUCCCCGUUACCUCAAUCGGCUCUUUGCUUGAUGAACCAUUCACCGGAGUGGUUUAUCUCAAAGAUAGUGGAAUUACCACCGACUUUCGUAGUCUUAAGGGAAAGAAGAUUGGAUAUGUUGGAGAAUUCGGAAAGAUCCAAAUUGAUGAGUUGACCAAGUACUAUGGAAUGGAACCAACCGAUUAUGAAGCCGUACGUUGUGGCAUGAAUGUCUCAAAGGCCAUCAUUGAAGGAAGUAUUCAUGCUGGUAUUGGAUUGGAAAACGUACAAAUGGUUGAAUUGGAGGAAUGGCUCGCAGACCAAGGUCGCCCUCGUUCCGACGUUCAAAUGCUCCGUAUUGAUGAGCUUGCUGAGCUUGGAUGUUGUUGCUUCUGUUCCAUCUUGUAUAUCGCAAACGAUACGUUCAUGGCACAAAACCCAGAGAAGAUUCGCAAGUUUAUGAAGGCCGUCAAACGAGCAACUGACUACGUACUUGCUUCUCCGACCGAAGCUUUUAAGACAUACAUUGACAUUAAACCUGAGAUGGCAUCUCCUGUCAAUCGUAAGAUCUUCGAACGAUCUUACGCAUACUUUUCAAAGGAUUUGAAGAAUGUUCAACGUGAUUGGGAAAAAGUCACCAAGUAUGGUAAACGUCUUGGUGUCUUGAACGAAGACUUUAGUCCUAAUUACACCAACAAAUUCCUUGAAUGGAAGCUUGAUGGUGAUUCAGCUGAUCCAACUGGUGAUCAGAAGAGAAUGGUUGUUUUGCAACAAGAAGUUGCCGAUAAGGGUGGCUUCAAAAGACUCGAUGUUAAGCUUGCUGCAUGA